AUGGCGGCUGAGCAACAGCGAGUCGGUUGUCCUGGUGGCGAGUCUGUUAGUGGUCUCCCUCUCAAAGACGUUCCUCUGACCACCGGCUCUGGUACCAUACCUUGUGACGUCUCAACUCCCUUUCAUCGCCCUUUUGUGCCCGCCUCGAUGCGUCGAGCUGUAUUUCAAACUCUGCAUGGACUCUCCCACCCUGGGAUCGGAGCCUCUCAAAAGCUUCUUGCGGAAAAGUUUGUCUGGCCUGGCAUGAACAAGGACGUCAAAGCUUGGGCUCGGUCGUGUAUAAGCUGCCAGUGCAACAAGGUGCAGCGUCACAACAAGUCCCCACCAGGCACUUUACCCAGUCCCGACGCACGGUUCAGCCAUGUGCACCUGGAUGUCGUAGGCCCCUUGCCUCUAUUCAAUGGUUUCACCUACCUCCUUACCUGUGUUGAUCGAUAUACCCGUUGGGCUGAAGCUGUUCCUUUGCCGAAUGUUCAGGCUGAAACAAUCGUGAAGGCCUUCGUCAGUCGUUGGGUCGCCAUGUUCGGUAACCCAUCCACGGUUACGACUGAUCGUGAUGCCCAGCUAGGGUCGGCACUCUUCCAAACGCUACUCAAUUUUCUUGGCUGCACACGCAUUCGGACGACAGCUUACCAACUAGCUGCCAACGGAAUGGUGGAACGUUUCCAUCGUCAGCUAAAGACCGCCCUGCGUGCAGUAGAAGACCCAGGAAACUAG